AUCUAAAAUGGCCGCCGCCAAAAACAACAACUGACAGAUAUUAAAUAUUCUCUCCGAUAUUUUUCUUCGUCAGACCAUGGCUCUGAAAACAUAUUGGACGUUUGUGAUUAUUCUUAUUACAACUUGUCGAUCUUUUGCCGACGAUGAUAAUCAUGAAAUGGAGGAGUUUCUGAAAAGGGAGCAUUCAUUGUCAAAACCCUAUCAAGGUGUGGGGUCGUCCAGCUCCUCCCAUUGGGAAUUGAUGGGCGAUGCCAUGGUAACCACAGAGCAGGUGCGCCUCACAACAGACAUGCAGAGCAAGCAGGGGGCAGUGUGGAGCCGCAUUCCCUGUCACCUAAGGGACUGGGAGUUACAAGUGCACUUUAAGAUUCAUGGCCAAGGCAAGAAGAAUCUGAAUGGGGAUGGACUGGCAAUUUGGUACACCAAGGAGCGCAUGCAGAAAGGUCCUGUGUUUGGGAAUCAGGACCUUUUCACAGGGCUGGGUGUAUUUGUGGACACGUACCCCAAUGAGGAAAAACACCUUGAGGCACAGAAGACGAGGUACACCACACGCACACAGAGGAUCUUCCCCUUCGUGUUGGCCAUGGUGGGGAACGGAAGCAUUAGUUACGACCACGAACGAGACGGGCGUCCCACUGAGCUGGGCGGCUGCAACGCCAUGGUGCGCAACCUCAACCACGACACCUUCAUCUUCAUCAGAUAUGUCCGUCGCAGGCUCACGAUUAUGAUUGACAUUGAUGGGCAGCAUGAAUGGAGGGACUGCCUGGACAUACCGGGGGUACGGUUGCCCCAGGGCUACUACUUUGGAGCCUCGGCCGUCACUGGAGAUCUCUCUGACAAUCACGAUGUGAUCUCCCUGAAACUGUACCAGCUGACUGUGUUACGCAGUGAGACAGAGGAAAAGGAGGAGGAAGAUGAGAUCACUCUACCCAGUGUAGAUAACAUGGACCUACUAAAGAUGGGUGAGAAUGAAGAAGGGUGGAGUAGUAUUGCUAUGUUCUUCACCAUCCUCUUCUCCAUGCUGGGCUGUUUCCUGCUCAUCGUGGUCGGCCUCAUCGUCUACAGCCACUGGAACGAGAACAGACGCAAACGCUUCUACUGAGACGGAGAGAGGGGAAAAAGAGCGGGAGGGAGGCCUCCCAUCAUAACCACUACUGUAGUCUGACGACAACUGCACUGAGACACUGAAAUGACUGGCAAGAUGGAGACAAUGUAACUGACCUCCCAAUGUAGACCAAUAUGCUUGACGGACAGAUGUACCCUUGGGACAACACUAGUGAAUCCUGGGAAAGACUGAGCAGUGGAUGGAUGCAUUUCAACUACAGUAGCCAACCACACUGACCCCUGCCAUGAGUAGACAUACAGAACGUUUGUCUGUCCCCACCCCUACUCUCACCAACCAGGCCUUACUCUACACAAAUAUAGAGAGCAUAUUAUUAUUAUUAUUAUUAUUAUUAUUAUUAUUGUAACGACCCUGGGUUUAUAAGCGCGGAAAUCGACUCUGUUGCACGAGCAUGCUUUUGCGGCACAGUCGAUAGCGCGCCGGACCUCGGGCUAGAAGGUCGAGGGUUCGAGACCUGCUCCCUGCCUGUUUCAUUACAUUAUUAUGUACUUACUGUGUGAAAAUGACCUCUGUGUUGUCAGACAGUGCCAUUGCUGGUUAAUAGUUUGGUUGUCUUUUUAAGGGUCUUGGGAGAUGGAUUUAUACUCAGUUUUAGGGUUUUGAAUGUCAAAGGGACAAAGUAACCAAUGUGUUCUAACUCUACAGCCCACAUGACCAGGUCCCAUCAGCGCUUGAACCGUGUCACACCAAAGAUGUUUUCAAUGGCCAAUCUGGCAAUUGAUCCGUCGCUUUUCUGCUUCGCUCUAGAAACAGCAUCAUGUCAUAUUUCUAUGGUGCUUGCAAUCAAUGUAAGUCUUUGUGCAUUUCAAUUGAUUCAGACGGUUUCAAUUAAUUCUUAUACUCAAUUUUAUUAGUUUGAAAAAUGUAUGGUUGCAGAGAAUAUGCUUUUGUUGUCAAACUGAAUCUAAAGUAGAAUGCAUGAAGGUGCUAGACUAGUAAUUUUUUUACCAUUAUUUAUGUCAAGAUUGAUUAGGUCGUUUUUCUUUUAUUCUGUAUAUGAAAUGAAAAGGUGACCAAUCCCUCUC